AAAAAAGAAGGCAUUGCAAUUGCCAUGGAGAAGAAGCUUAAGCCUUGGCCAACAUUUCAUGUUCUUGCAUUGUUGUUGUUGUUGUUUCUCUCGUUGCAUUGUGGCAGCACACAAGGACAACAAGCUUAUCUGAACAAUGAUCAGUUGGAAUGCGGUGACAAAAGCAAAGACAAUAAUAUCACCAGAGGCUUUUUGUGCAAUGGCGUGAAACAAUCAUGCCAAUCCUAUCUCACCUUCCGGGCAGAGCCUCCCUACAAUUCGGCAGUCACCAUAGCUUAUCUCCUGGGAGCUCAACCUGAUCUCAUCUCCUCCCUUAGAAUCAACAAUCUCUCAUCUGAUGUAUCAGCAAUCCCUGCAAAUUCCCUGGUCUUUUUUCCACUUAAUUGCUCCUGUGCUGGCAGCUACUACCAACACAACGUUACCUACACCAUCAAGGAGGACACUGAGACAUAUUUCACCAUGGCCAAUGAUACAUACCAGGGUCUCACCACUUGCCAGGCUAUGAAGGCUCAAAACUCAAUAGGUAUCAUGGACCUGAAAGUGGGUGAUAAACUCCAAGUUCCCCUUAGAUGUGCUUGUCCAACACUUGACCAAACCUAUGCUGGGGCCAAAUACUUGCUCACCUACAUAGCCGGUUGGGAGGACUCCAUUUCUUCAAUUGCUGAAACUUUUGGUGUCGAUGACCAAAGCGUAUUGGACGCCAACAAGCUCAUCGAGGACAUGAUAUAUCCAUUUACUCCUGUUUUGGUUCCACUUGCCAGAGAGCCUACCAUGAUUGUACCACCGCAGGCUUCCCCGUCUCCACCACCGCCUUCUCAAAUAACUAUUACUCCUACUCGAAAAUCUAAAUCUUCCCACAAGUGGGUGUUUGUAGGAAUCGGCAUUGCAGCUGGUUUGCUUUUCCUUUUUAGCCUCUCCGGGCUUCUUUUUUGCUUCUACAAACACCCUUCUCUUAAGGCUGAGCCUGAGGCAUCAGCACCACCCGAACCAAAACCACUCUCAGACUCAAUAGACUAUUCUGACAAGUCCUGGUUUGUAUCUAUCCACGGCGGUACAUAUGAGGUUGAAUCCUUAACCCCCUAUACGUUCAAAGACUUGGAAGCUGCAACUGGGAAUUUCAGCGAGUCUAACAUAAUCAAAGGCUCCAUUUACCGGGGCCAAUUCCAAGGUGAUGAUGCUGCAGUUAAGGUGAUAAAAGGGGAUGUCUCGGUAGAGAUGAAUUUAUUGAAGAAGAUCAAUCACAACAACAUCGUCAGGCUUUCAGGUUUCUGUGUUCAUGAAGGAAACACUUACCUUGUCUAUGAGCAUGUAGAGAAAGGUUCUCUAGAUGAUUGGCUUCAAACUAGCAAGUACCAAACUUCAUUUUCUCUUUCAUGGAAGCAAAGAGUUCAAAUUGCGUACAAUGUUGCAGAUGCACUCAAUUACCUCCAUAACUAUAUAAAUCCUCCAUGCAUUCACAGGAACUUGAAGACCAGCAGCAUUCUCCUGGAUGGCAACUUUAGAGCCAAGGUUGCCAACUUCGGGUUGGCAAGAAGUGUGGAAAAUGAGGGUGAUUUGCAGUUGACUACACACGUGGUUGGGACUCAGGGUUAUAUGGCUCCGGAGCACUUUGAAAAUGGGGUGAUCACGCCUAAGCUUGAUGUUUUUGCAUUCGGGGUUGUCCUGUUGGAACUUUUAUCAGGAAGGAAAGCUGCUGAAAAGAAUGCUGGAGGAGAGGAAUUGCUAUCAGCAUCAAUAAAAGGGGUGUUAGAAGGGGUUAACGUGGCAGAGAAGCUUCAAAACUUCAUUGACCCCACUCUCAGGCAUGAAUAUCCCCUGGAUUUGGCUUUUUCCAUGGCCCAACUGGCUAGAAAUUGUGUUGCUUAUGAUCUCAAUGCUCGCCCCUCCAUGGCUGAGGUUUUAAUCACUGUCACCAAGAUUUGUUCUUCUUCAUUGCACUGGUGUCCAUCGGACGAGUUUCAGUCCCUAAGCAGUGCCAAGCUGGCCACCUACUAGGAUUCUAAGAAACUACUACAAUUGAUGGAAGAUCCGACUAUAGGAUUUUAAUUUACUGGAAAGAUUGUAAGAUACUACUUGUUUUCGUGAGGCUAUUGUCGACUACAUAUAAUAAAAGGAAGUCCAGUGACAGAGACUUUUUCGUUUA